AAAACUACAGUACUUUGAUAGUGGUCCAGUUCACUUCCGCAAGGCGAUUCCACCAUGGCUUCUCAAGCGCGGGGGCUCCAAAACUUCAUUUCCGACCUCCGUAAUGCCAAAGGAAAGGCCAACUUGGGAGCGUGGGACGACAUGACUGAUCCUUUUCAACGGACCAAUGAGACCUUUUUCUUCCAAGUACUUCAAAUUUUUGAUGACGAGAAGAAGCGCGUCGAUAUUGAACUUGCCAACAUUCGUAAGCAGUUCUCGCCGAAGGGUGGUAAAGUGGCCGAGGACGGCAGUAAUCCCAACUUGUCAUCUUACCAGCGAAAGAAGUAUGUCUGGAAGCUAGUUUAUAUCCACGUCUUAGGUUACGAAGUUGACUUUGGUCAUGCGGAAGUUCUUGUCUUGGUACGAUCCCCAAAAUACUCCGAAAAAGUUGUCGGCUACGCUGCCCUUAGCUUGUUGAUCCGCAGCGACGAUCCGGUGAUCAAUUCGAUCCGCAGCACAAUUUCGAAAGACCUAACGCAGCCGACUAUCACAGGAGGAAAGAAUAGUGCACCUCCGGACGCGGCCCAGGCUUUGGCCCUAUGUGCUGCAGCAAACAUUUCGGGUCUCGAGCUGGUACAGUCUUUGCACACGGAAAUUCAACAGACGUUGGUAGCCCAGUCAUCCUCUCCUUGCGUAAAAAAGAAGGCAGCUCUUUGCUUGCUGCGACUCAUCCGAACAAGCCCGCGUCUUUUGUCGGGACGAGAGUUUGCUUCACAGAUGGCGCAGCUUUUGCAAGAUCGUCACUUGGGAGUUCUGACAAGCGCAAUGAAUCUGCUUUACGGACUCGCGUUGCAAGUGCCACACGAGUAUGAGAGCCUAAUUCCGUACGCUGUCCACAUCCUUGGAAUGCUGGUGUUGAAAAAGGCUUGUGCGCGGGAUUACCUUUACUACCGUACUCCUAGCCCAUGGUUGCAGAUUAAAUUGCUUAAAUUCCUACAGCUAUAUCCCCACGCUCUAACCAAGGCCAGCCAGAAUGGACAAGCUCAAGAAACGUCGCCUGCUAGCAACGACGCUCAUAUUUCGCAGCUGACAAGUAUUAUUUCCAAAAUCUUGACCGAAACAGAUGUAUCGGACUCGAUCAACAAAUCGAAUGCUGACCACGCUAUAUUGUUUGAAGCCGUCAAUUUGAUUGUGUGCUGGGGAUCUUCAGGUCCAACGCAACUGCGGGAUGGCGCAAUGAAACUGCUGGGAAAAUUCAUUUCGGUCCGAGAACCAAAUAUUCGUUACCUUGGGUUGAUGACAAUGGCGAAGCUUGCUCAAUUGGAAGGGAGCGCUGAAUCGAUCAAAAAACAUCAGGCAACGGUUCUUGUUUCAUUGAAGGAUGCUGAUAUAAGUGUGCGCCGGCGGGCGUUGGAUCUGUUGUUUGUAAUGUGUGACACAGAUAACGCGGAACUGAUUGUCGAUGAGCUCAUAGGACACCUUGCGCUCGCUGACGCCGCCAUUCGGGAGGAGAUGGUCUUAAAGAUUGCUAUUCUGGCCGAGAAGUACGCUACAGACCUUCGUUGGUAUGUGGACUCUAUCCUGAAACUUAUCUCUAUCAGUGGCGACAAUGUCAGUGACGCAAUUUGGCAUCGAGUCGUCCAAAUUGUUACGAACCACCCUCAGGGAGAUUUGCAGGCUUAUACAGCGGCUACCUUACUGGUAGCUGUCAGUCCGCGUCGAUGCCACGAAACCGCCGUUCGUGUCGCUUCCUACAUUCUUGGCGAAUUUGGGUUUUUGAUCGCCGAGCGACCAGGCAUGUCUGGAGAAGACCAGUUUCGAAUUCUGCAUCAACAUUGGGCAACAAGCGAUCAUGUGACGCGUGGCAUCUUGAUAUCUACUUAUGCGAAACUCGCAAAUCUUUACGAGGAAUGUCGCCCACUCGUUGCGCCAGUCUUUGCCCGGUGCACAAACAGUGUUGACGUGGAGAUCCAACAGCGUGCAGCAGAAUACUCCUCAAUGCGGGAAGCCUUUACUCCAGAGGCUGUUGAAGACUUGCUUCGGGAGAUGCCUCCGUUUGAAGACAAUAAAACCAGUGCUUUAGAAGAACGUCUACGAGAGAAAGAAGGUGAAGAGAGCGCUGCAUACAAGAAGACUGCUAGGCCAAGCGCUGCUCAGCGGCAACGGGCAGCGCAGAGUGCGGCGGCGGCCCAAGCAGUAGAAGAAGUAGCGCAACAAGCGCAGACUACUGAUCCUGACGAAGAAGAUCCUGUCAGCCCAAUGAGUGAUGCUAGUCCAGGUGGAUCUCGCCCUAACUUCGAUCGUUCGAAAAAAGUCGGGAUCCCUAAGGAAGUCAUUCCUGCGAUGCGUAAAGCCUUUUCCAAUCUUUGUACUUCUCCUUCGGGAGUGCUGUUUGAAAACUCACUGCUACAGGUGGGCGUUAAACAAAGCUAUGUUGGCUUUCAAGGUCAAAUCUCUAUCUUUUUCGGUAAUCUGAGCAAGAAACCACUGACCAACUUCCGAGCUAUUAUUGAAGAUGUUGAUCACUUGCGAAUGCAGAAACAGGGCACGGAAGGCAUCUUGGACGAUGAAGAAGAUGGCGGAUGCACUGUCGCCAUCCGUACACAAGCGAAGCUUUUGCUAAAAGUCGAGGUUACUGCGCCGUUUGACGAUGCCCCGGCAAUGAGAAUCUGCUUUCAAACUGGUGACGGGGAAUGUCAUGAAUAUCCUUUGCGUCUUCCAAUCGUCGCUACUUGCUUCAUGGAACCUGUAACUCUUGAGUCGAAUGCGUUUCUUCAAAGAUGGAAAAGCCUAGAAGGCCAAGAUCGCGAAUGCCAGGAGAUUGUCAAGGCACCCCCCACCUCUCCGCCGAUCGACGAAGCGUACAUGGAACGUAUUGUUCAUAUAGUAACAGACGGUUUGAAGUUUGGUCGAUGCCCUGGAUGUGACCCAACAAUUUGGACAGUUUCCGGCGCCGCAACAUUCCGGACAGGCGCCAGAGACAUGAAUGGAAACCAUAUCAAUGUGGGCUGCUUAGUUCGCAUUGAAGCAAAUCCGGAGGCAGGCGCUUUUCGUGUGACAACCAGAACUUUACAUCCUCUUUGUUCGAAAGCUGUUAAAAAUGUCGCGCUGGUGAGCAUCAAGAUGGGAAAGUAAACGGCUGACCUUUCUGGAUGAAAGCUUUUGUCUUGCUGGUUAUGUUUGUUCAUGUCCGCUUAAUCUCGAUUACCUUAGUUUAUGACAUUGUAGAAAGAAUU